CCUUCCCUGCGAAAGGGGUUUCCACAUUUCUCCCUCGUUUUGUUUUCUACUCCUUGUUUUCUUUUCCUUUUUAGAUUCAUUGUAUUUGAUAAAAAAAGGGCAACUCUGGUGAUGUUCGUACUUUUCUAAGUCUUGCGUUUCUUCCGUCUUCUUGACGGAACCAGAGAUAGAUAGGGCCUAGGGCGAAAUCCAAUUCUCUGGGAAUGGAGAGGUUUUGAUUUUUUUGGAAACUGUAUGAGCUUUUCUGGAAAUCCCCUGAGCUAUAUGAAAGGGUUGCUUAGGGUUUCUGGGUCCUGCAAAGUAGUCCCCUUUUGACGAUCUAACCGUUUUUGGGUUACUCGGAGAACGAAAGAGCAGAUUGUAGAAGCUUCGGCGUUGUGGAAAUCGUGGGCAUGUGUGAAUUUAGCAACUUUUGCUGAGAUUUUUUUGCCGCUCGGAUUCUGUAUAUUAGCUUCUGUAGCAGCGAUCUAGCUUUUGCGAGCUCGCCUGUGGAAACAAUAGCUGAUUCCGAGGAGAUGUCGGCCGCUGUAGUUGAUGGGCAUGAUCAAGUAACUGGUCACAUAAUCUCCACCACCAUCGGAGGAAAAAAUGGAGAACCAAAACAGACGAUUAGUUACAUGGCCGAGCGUGUUGUAGGAACAGGAUCUUUUGGGAUAGUUUUCCAGGCAAAGUGUUUGGAAACAGGGGAAACCGUGGCGAUAAAGAAGGUUUUGCAAGAUCGGAGAUAUAAGAAUCGAGAACUACAGUUAAUGCGUGUGAUGGAUCAUCCAAAUGUGGUUUCUUUGAAGCAUUGUUUCUUCUCCACCACGAGCAAAGACGAGCUUUUCCUCAAUUUGGUUAUGGAGUAUGUGCCCGAGAGCUUGUACAGAGUAUUGAAGCACUAUAGCACUGCAAACCAAAGAAUGCCUCUUGUCUAUGUCAAACUCUAUAUGUAUCAGAUAUUCCGGGGACUUGCGUAUAUCCACAAUGUUGGCGGCGUUUGUCACAGAGAUCUGAAGCCUCAAAAUCUUUUGGUCGAUCCUCUCGCUCAUCAGGUCAAGAUCUGUGAUUUCGGAAGUGCAAAACAGCUGGUUAAAGGCGAAGCCAACAUUUCUUACAUAUGUUCACGUUUCUACCGAGCCCCCGAGCUUAUAUUUGGUGCCACGGAAUAUACAACUUCAAUCGAUAUUUGGUCUGCUGGUUGUGUUCUUGCUGAGCUUCUUCUGGGUCAACCGUUAUUUCCGGGAGAAAACGCGGUGGAUCAGCUCGUGGAAAUUAUAAAGGUUCUUGGUACCCCAACUCGGGAAGAAAUCCGUUGCAUGAACCCGAAUUAUACAGACUUUAGGUUUCCACAGAUAAAGGCUCAUCCUUGGCACAAGAUUUUCCACAAACGGAUGCCUCCCGAAGCAAUUGAUCUUGCUUCCCGGUUGCUCCAAUACUCUCCAAGCCUUAGAUGCAAUGCACUCGAAGCAUGUGCUCAUCCAUUCUUCGAUGAGCUACGAGAACCUAAUGCACGUCUCCCGAAUGGACGUCCUUUCCCGCCGCUCUUUAACUUCAAGCACGAGAUAGCUGGAGCAUCACCAGAGCUGGUCAACAAGCUGAUACCAGACCAUAUUAAGAGACAAUUGGGUCUCGGUUUCUUGCAUCCAACCGGGACAUAGUGGCCAGAAACGUGGGUAUAUAUAUAUGUAUGUACGUAUAUACACCAGCAAAGAUGAUGUUUGAGACACGUGGCCCUAGUCCUGACAAUCCCAGAAUGUGAAGCACUGCCAUUACAUGAUUUCCUCGUCCGCAACAACUGUAUCUCUUCUUCACCUUUCAGCUGAACAAAAAAACAACUGCCCUUGUGUUUGUAUUCUUGAUCUUUUGUAUCUGUAAAUGAUUUAGUCAGAUAUAUGUAGUAAGCUUAAAAGCAGAGAGGAGAAGAAUAGGAGGGCCUGAGUUUUCCUUUUUUUUUUGCCUUUUUAACCUUAAAAAAACACAACUCUUUUUUUUCUU